AUCAAUUUUUGAAAAAUGUAAUUAUUUUCCUUUUUUUCUUGAUUAAAAUUUUAAUGAAAAACGUAUAAAAUAAGUAAUGGCUCUUCGGAAAAAAAGUGAUAGUGGUUCGAAGCGAAUAUUAAAAGAGAAGGUUGUCCAGAUAUACGAACGAUUCUUUCAAGGUGAAGAUGUAUUGCAAGAUAACCCGAAUUUCUGGGACGAAUUAUUCCUCCUCAAACCCAACAUCGCUCAUCUCGAAGCUGAAGUACAGAAACUGAACGGUGAACAGAUUUUGCAAUUGAAACCACAUAUCAAUCGAUUUUUCGCCGAGUGUAUUAAAACAUUAAGUCAUGAGCAUCAUAUUCGAAUACUGUACGCGUUACAGACGUUGUCGGCGUUGACGUCUAGUAUGUACAAAAAAAGCUACGGAGAUUGUGGAUUCGAUAUAAUAAAUAUAUUGAUGGGAUUCGACAUCGCAGAAAAACGUAUGCAUCAGCUUUUAAAUCACUGUAAUGAUUUUCUAGUCGGUGAUUGGCCUAACAGUCUGAAGUCAAUUUGUCUUAAAUUAUUAUUGAUCAUUGUUACCGGAACCGAUAAUGUUAGUCAAAACACACUGCUCGAAUAUUUAAUGAUGGAUAGUAUACUGGAUACGUUGAUGAAGCUGCUCUGUAAUUCGAAUACCAGACUGAAAUUUGGAUACGAUGUGAUAAUGUUGUUGACAUUGCUCGUAAAUUAUAGGAAAUACGAAUCUGCCAACCCAUACGUGGUUAAACUGUCCAUAUUGGAUAAUGAAUUAGCUUUGAACGGUUAUGGUUUGGUAAUAACCCAUUCUCUGGCAAAGUUUUGUCAACAAUUUGCUCUCCAUCAACAGGAACCACAAUCUGUGAAAUGGUUCACAUCUCUGACUAGUAUCGUUGGUAAUAUUUUUGUUUCCGAAGAUGACAAUACGCGUUCUCAACAAAUCCGAGCCAAUACCGGUAUACUUUUGGCACUGUACGAAAUAGUUCAUUUAAAUCGUAACUUCGUUACGGUACUUGCUCAUACGCAAAACGACAUCGGAGUCGAAUCUGCCUUGAUUGAUAAAUCUGAAACUAACCCACCGUCCACUGAUGCUGCAGUCGUUCCUACCGAAGCAUCAUCAUCUUCAGAACCUCUCAAUUUAUUAAUCACUGUCUUCCAAUACUGCUCAAUUGUGAUGCAAGAUACGAAAUCAGAAGAAAGCAAUAAUAACGUAAAACUGUGUUUUAUUAUAUUAACGUGUAUUACUGAAGAUCAGUAUGCGAAUUCACUGAUGCAUGAUUUACAUUUAUUGUACAAAGUUCAGCUUUUCCGAAUGCCAAUGAGGCAUCGUCAAGUCACUCAGGAGAAAUCUUCGCAGCCUUUAGCUGCUACUUUGUUAGAUUUAUUGACUGAAUUUAUGAUGAGUCACAUGAUGAAAAGGCUUCCCCUUGAACUGUAUUUACAGUGCGUGGGUAUCGUUCAUCGAUUAAUAUGUUACCAAAAGAAAUGCACCAUAAGGAUUAAUUAUAAUUGGAAAGAAUUAUGGGAAGCGUUGAUUAUGCUUUUAAAGUUUCUGCUAACCAAUGAGAAUCAUUUGUCCAAAAAAAUCAAUAUCUUCAAUUUAGCAUUACAGGUUAUUAAUAUUUUUAAUUUAUUCAUCACAUAUGGCGACACGUUCCUGGCAUCACCUAGAAGCUACGAUUUAUUAUAUUACGAGAUUAUCAGAAUGCAUAUGGUAUUCGAAAAUUUAUACACGUUAGCUUUUAAAUAUUCAUCGAUUGACGGCGAUUUGAAAGAUAGCAUUUCCAAGCUGAUCAGUAGCCUAAUAAACGUUAGAGCAAUAAUAAAUCAUUUUUCUCCAAAAAUUGAAAAAUGGAUGGGAGAACAUUCGUAUUCUACACCUACUGAAGAUGAAAUAUUGGAAAUUUUACGUAAAAAUUACGAUUCGUUAACGUUGAAACUUCUCGAUAGUCUGGAUCAGUACGAGAGAUACUCGGAAAAACCAUAUCAUACAUCGUUCUUUACUUCUUUGGUCCGUAAUGUAGUUAUUGACACAAAACAGAAUAUCGAUUAUAUCAAUCUUGAUUUGCAAACUGUUCUCAAAGAGUUUUCUUCCAUUUCCUGAACUAUGUUUUUAUUUGUUUAUUGUAAUGUUUUACUGCUGUAAUUUAUCUAUAAUUGGAGUUUUUCAUUUGAGCCAAAAAUAUAUUUUUAUAAUGUU